CUCUCUCUUCCUCUGCAUUUUACUAUAUUAUUUGAUAAAAUGAUUGAAGAAAAGAAAUCAACAUUAAACGCUGAAAAGGUUCAAGCAUCGGUCAAAGCACUGAAAAGCCUCAUUAAAAGUAAAUCAAAGAAAAAGAGUCUAUUUAAUGAGGACAACCAUCAAAUUCUUCUUCAGAUCACCUGUGUCAAAGUGCCGGAUGUCAAGUGUACAGGAAUAUUACGACCGAAGCUACCUAAUUCAUUAGUCACAAAAUCUUCUGAUGUAUGUCUCAUAACUGCUGACUUGCGCAAAGGUGUCAAAAUAGAUCAUGAACCAACUGUAAGGUAUUACAAUCAGGUUCUAAACAGGCAUAACUGUGAUAGCUUAAUUAAACAGAUUGUCCCAUUCCGUCAAAUCAGGGCAGAAUACAGCACAUAUGAAAUGAAGAGGAAGUUCUCCAAUAUGUAUGAUUUUUACCUUGCUGAUGGCAGAAUAUCUGAAAGACUUGUUAAACAAUUAGGAAAACCUUUUUUCAAAAAUCGAAAGUUUCCGAUUCCUGUGAAAUUUGAUGACAACGUAGGAGAAAACAUCAAAACUGCACUUCACAGAUCACAUCUGCUUGUUGACGGUAAAGGACAAACCUCUAUUAUGCAGGUGGGUCACUCUGGAAUGAAGAUAGCUCAAAUUGCAGAAAAUGUUGUAGCAGUUGCUGAUUUCCUGGCGGAGAAGUAUCCAGGCGGCUGGAGCAAUGUGCGAAGCCUUCACAUCAAAACACCCAAUUCCAAAGCUGUUCCCGUUUUCUACAGGCUAAUUUCUCCAAAUGAUGUAACAAGACCAGUCUGGGAGAAAUCUCAACCAAAGGCAGCUGUUCCAGUCUCAGACUUUGUUAAUACAUGCAUGAAGAAGGUCACUGUUAUGCCUGAUGGAAACGUAAUUGUUGGUGAAGCUGAGGUAUCGGAUGAAGAGGAGGCUCCGCAACCUGUGGUUGAGCCAUCAGAGGCCACUGAAAAAUCAGCGAAAGGAACGGAAGAACUGCCUAAAAAAGCAAAAAAGAGGAAAGUGGAGAUUGAAGAUGCUGAGGCUGAAUAUCUAAGCCAAUGGAAACAAAAAUUCGACAGAAAGAUGGAGAAAAUUGAAGAGAAAAUCGAGAAAAGAGAGAGAAAGAAGGCGAACAAGAAGUUGAAGAAGCAGGAUUCCAAGGCGAAAGAAAUGAAGAAAACCACUAAGAAAAAUGUUAAAAAAUCAAAAUGAUUGUUUCCAUCAAUUUCAUAAUUUUGUUCUCUAAUAUAUUUUUAUAUUCUCUCUUAA